AUGGACUCAGAUUCAGGAAAGAAACAACUUGCUCGAAUCAAAUACCAACUUAUCAUUUCCAUUUUAUCAAUAAUAUUAAUUUCCAUACCGUAUGGGAUCUCCUUAUUUUCUCAGUAUAUAUCAGAUGUUGCCGAUGCUAUAUCGAAACCGUCUACUUAUACCACAUGCAUAAAUUCUGCCAUCAACAUAUUUGUUUAUCUGGCCCUCUACAAAGAGUUCCGGGAUGAAUUCAUGAGAAUAAUUUUACGUAUAAACAAGGCUGCUAGCUUGCUAGUGCGACAAGCCGACCGAGGACAACACCCCCGUCGCGACAUACUGCUAAUGUCUACUAUGUGUUCUUCAGAAGCUAGAGCGUACCCCAGAAGCGACGCGCAUUGUCCUCGCCCAGGCAAUGUGGCAAAUAUGCGAGGGCUACCGGCUAGAGGACGAAGCCGGCCAAAGAAGUUAGUCCGCCAUCGCCAGCAACAUCCAGUGCGCUUGGCAACACUUAACGUUGGGACGCUUACUGGAAGAAGUCGUGAACUGGCAGAUAGUCUCAGAAAACGACGUGUUGACAUAUGUUGUGUACAGGAGACUCGCAGGAAAGGCUCCAAAUCAAGGGAAUUAGGCGAUGGCUACAAGCUCAUCUACCACGGCACAUCAAAUCGCAAUGGCCUUGGUAUCAUAUUGAACGAGUCGUUUAGAAACAGCGUCACAGUAGUGGAUCGACUAUCGGAUCGUCUGAUAGCUGCAAAAGUAGACACAGGAGAAGUGGAAUUGCGAGUCUCUGCUUAUGCGCCACAGGCGGGCUGUAGUGAAGAAGAGAAGGCAAGCUUUUGGGAGGAUCUGGAGCAGUACGUCCAAUCCCUGGAAGGCGAAGAAGUACUUCUGAUCGGAGGAGACUUCAACGGACAUGUCGGUUCUCGGAAAGACGGGUUCGAGAGUUGUCAUGGUGGAUACGGCUAUGGAGCUCGUAACGACGACGGGUUGCGAAUACUGGAGUAUGCUGUUGCAAGUGACUUGAUCAUUGCUAACACGCAGUAUCGGAAAAGAAAAUCGCAUUUGAUCACGUACACCAGCGGCGGUCGUGAAACACAAAUAGAUUUCUGGGCGUUACGCCGACGAGAUCGCCGACUUCUGCAGGAUUCAAAAGUCAUCCCUACAGACCAUGUCGCUGCCCAACACCAUCUGCUCGUUAUGGACUUGAAAAUCUCCCGUCCAAGGAAGAGACAUCCAAGGACUGAAACACAGCGCAUCAAAUGGUGGAAUCUGAAGGAUCGAAAGGAGGUAUUUUUCGCGUCCGUGGCUCCAUCUACACUUCCCCACCCUACUCGUAGUGUGGAGGAAAUGUGGUCGUCUACUUCCAGCGUUAUACGCUUGACUGCGGAGAACACUCUGGGAAAGACGACUCUAGGUAAGCCCAAAGUACAAAAGGCUACGUGGUUUUGGAACGAGGAAGUUCAGGCGGCAAUUCGUGAGAGGAAGUCCAAGUAUAAGCUCUGGUGGAGGACGCGUCAGCCUGAAGAUCGGGGUGCUUACCUAGCGGCGAAGAGGGAGGCUAAGAAGGCAGUCUCCAAGGCGAAGUCGGACCGCUACAAGGCUGUGUACGACAUGCUUGAUACCGGAGAUAGCGAGCGGGCAGUGUAUCGUUUAGUCAGAGCGCGUCAUCGCUCAACGUUGGAUAUGGAGCACACCAAGAUCGUUAAGGGAGCUGAUGGAGCCGUUCUGCGCCGCUCUGGUCAGAUCCUGGAGAGGUGGCGAGAGUACUACAAUCACUUGUGUAACGAAGAGUUCUGUCAUCCUCCAAUCCCAGCUGUUUCCAGCGUCGAGGGUCCUGUUCUACCAAUUACUGCCGUCAAAAUCAGUGCUGUCCUCGCAAAAAUGAAGUCGAACAAGGCAACCGGUUCUGAUGACCUACCUGCUGAUGUCUGGAAGCUGCUAGGACAUCGAGGGUCCAUGUGGCUCUCAACUCUAUUCAACAAGAUCGUUGCAGAAGGACGGGUUCCAGACGUUUGGCAAACUCCCGUGACCGUGCCUGUCUGGAAAGGGAAAGGAGACAUUGCUGACUGCACCUCGUACAAGCCUAUACGACUGCUGUGCCAUACGAUGAAGGUUUUUGACCGUGUGCUGGAAGCUCGUGUGAGGAAAAUUGUUAGCGUUUCACUCAACCAGUGCGGCUUUGUGAAGGACUGCAGCACUAUAGAUUCUAUCCAUGCUGUCCGAAUCCUCCUGGAGAAACAUCGAGAGAAGAACCGCAGUGUGCAUCUUGCUUUUCUCGAUCUCGAGAAAGCUUUCGACCGUGUCCCACAUGAGCUGUUAUGGAUGUCCAUGAGGUCGCAUAGAGUACCAGAAGAAUAUGUGCGGUGGACGAAGCUGCUUUAUGCGAAGCCUACCAGCGUUGUGCGAUGUGCUGCUGGAACAAGCAGACCAUUCCCUGUACAAGUAGGGGUACAUCAGAGUUCAUCCCUCUCACCUCUGCUGUUCAUACUGUGCAUGGACACGAUAACGAAGGAAAUCCAGAAGCAGCAUCCGUGGACUCUACUCUUUGCCGACGAUGUCAUGCUCGCGUCGGAGUCUCGAGAUGAUCUUCAGAUACAAAUACAGUCUUGGAAGGAUCAGCUACAGCAAUAUGGAUUGCUCCUCAACACAUCAAAAACUGAGUACAUGGAAUGCGGGCCAAGGAUAGAGGAUGGUUCCAUCCGUGUCGAUGUCACCGAAUUAAACAAGGUGAACUGUUUCAAGUACCUUGGAUCCAAAGUGACUUCCACCGGCGACAUUGAUCAAGAAGGUCGAGCACGUGUUGGAUGA